CAUGUGGCAACUCAGUUCGCUGACAGCCUUUGAACGAACGCGCAGUCACUACAAGUUUGACCUAGGCGAGGAUAUUACACAUUUGAACGCGAAUUAAAAACCCAAUUCAUUAAAGCGAAGAAAAAUUAAGUGUCUGCGUCGAUACCGACCUAUAUUUUGAAUUAGAACGAGAAGCGGAAACAGCAGGAUAGCAGCGUUCACAGAAGAAAGGGAGAUUGAUCGAACGUGACGCAAGUAGGAACAGUGGCAUUCAAGGUGUUUAUCGAAUACGGGGUGGGUAGAGGUCGCAGCGUGACGAUUUCGGGAGAGAAGAUAAGCUCGGGUCGCGGGUCGCGGGUCAGCAUGAGCGGACGGUAGCGGGCGCGCAGGCGCGGAUCGAUCGCGCGGCAUCGAGCGGCAGCGCGGCGAACACUCGCCCUCGGCCUCGCUCGACGCUCGGUCGUGCGCGGGCUGUCGUGCGAGCGCGCGCGACUCAGCACGUGCAUGGCGCGCCUGCCUGGAUGCCUCGCGCCCUCGGGGAAUGGCUUCGUCCGAGGAAGAGGCGACAACCGCGCCGAUACCUGAAGACGACGACUGCCUCAGUGUUCGAAAAUGGUGGUGCUUUCUCCUAUCUUCUAUCUUCACGUUCCUAGCGGGUCUGCUGGUUGUGCUGCUAUGUCGGGCGUGCGCCUUCGUAUGCUGCCGCCGGGAGCCGGAGCUGUCACCCAACGACCCGAAGCUGAAGGAGCAGAAGGCGGCCCGCCAGGGAAAACAGGAGUUCGAAGGAACUUUUAUGACCGAGGCCAAGGAUUGGGCAGGCGAACUUAUCUCCGGCCAAACAACCACUGGACGUAUACUGGUAGUUUUGGUGUUCAUUCUAAGCAUAGCAUCGCUCAUCAUCUACUUCAUUGACGCAUCCAGUGAGGAGGUGGAGCGAUGUCAGAAAUGGAGUGACAAUAUAACUCAACAAAUUGACCUUGCCUUUAACAUAUUUUUUAUGGUCUACUUUUUUAUACGAUUUAUAGCAGCUAGUGACAAACUGUGGUUCAUGCUCGAGAUGUAUUCAUUUGUAGAUUAUUUCACGAUACCCCCAUCAUUUGUAUCAAUUUACCUGGAUAGAACAUGGAUAGGGCUAAGGUUCCUCCGAGCUCUACGCUUAAUGACCGUGCCUGAUAUUUUGCAGUACCUCAAUAUAUUAAAGACAUCAAGCUCAAUUCGGUUGGCGCAACUAGUUUCUAUAUUUAUAUCCGUGUGGCUUACUGCAGCCGGUAUUAUUCAUUUGUUGGAAAAUUCUGGUGAUCCGCUAGAUUUCGAGAAUGCGCAAUCGUUGUCAUAUUGGACUUGCGUUUACUUUCUCAUAGUCACAAUGUCCACAGUAGGUUAUGGUGAUGUGUUCUGUCGAACAGUACUUGGCAGAACAUUUUUGGUUUUUUUUCUCCUCGUCGGCUUGGCAAUGUUCGCUAGUAGUAUUCCUGAAAUUAUAGAGCUGGUAGGAAGUAGGUCCAAGUACAGUGGCGAGCUGAAGCGUGAACAUGGAAAAAGGCAUAUAGUUGUAUGUGGACAUAUUACGUACGAAUCGGUGAGCCAUUUUUUAAAAGACUUCCUGCAUGAGGACAGAGAGGAUGUGGAUGUAGAAGUGGUUUUUUUACACAGGAAACCGCCCGACCUGGAGCUCGAAGGCCUGUUCAAGAGACACUUUACCACUGUGGAAUUCUUUCAAGGCACCAUUAUGAACCCAAUCGACCUUCAAAGGGUAAAAGUACACGAAGCUGACGCGUGCUUGGUGCUAGCUAACAAAUACUGCCAGGAUCCCGAUGCUGAAGAUGCAGCCAACAUCAUGAGGGUCAUCUCCAUCAAGAAUUACUCCGAUGAUAUUAGGGUCAUCAUUCAACUGAUGCAGUACCACAAUAAGGCCUACCUUUUAAACAUUCCAUCGUGGGAUUGGAAGCAAGGAGACGAUGUCAUUUGCCUGGCAGAGCUGAAACUGGGUUUUAUCGCGCAGAGCUGUCUCGCGCCGGGCUUUUCGACUAUGAUGGCGAAUCUAUUCGCUAUGAGAAGUUUUAAAACAUCAAAGCAAAUGGUAAGAUGGAAAAAUUACUAUCUAAGGGGAACUGGUAUGGAGAUGUACAAGGAGAUAUUGAGUACAGCGUUUGUGGGUUUUCUCUUCAAACAAGCUGCCGAACUAUGCUUUACCAAGCUAAAGUUGUUGCUCCUGGCGAUAGAGAUCAAAGGUGAAGAAGGAGCUGACAGUAAGAUAUCAAUAAAUCCCAGAAAUGCGAAGAUACAUGCGAAUACACAAGGGUUUUUCAUUGCCCAAUCCGCUGAUGAGGUUAAAAGGGCGUGGUUUUACUGCAAAGCGUGCCACGAAGACAUUAAGGAUGAAACACUCAUCAAAAAGUGCAAAUGCAAAAACUUGACCGCGCACCAGCGGAAGGUCGGAGCCGACAUAGAUGUCGGAAUGAUGAUGAUGCAGACCGGGAUGGUGAAACAAAAUCUUAAUUCAUAUCGAAGUGUUCCUGACGUGGCUACAUUCAGGAAGGGCGUCCGAGCCGUCCAGAUGGUGGGCCGGGCAAAUGACCACCAUCCUCCCCCCACCUUCACGCCGCCAGAGUUGCCCAAGAAGGUCCAUGUUCGAGGUGAAGUCGCCCGAGAUCGAGGAGAGGAUAUUAGCUUGAUAAAUCGCAAUCACCGUAGCGCGGCCCCAACUGCGUUGCUGUCCCCAAUGGCCAACCAGCUCAUGAACUCCACCACCACAAGACAAGUGAAUAAAGUUAAGCCCAACGUAACAAGAGCUCCGCCUGAUACGAAUCAGCAAGAGCAAGAUACCAAUUACCAGGCCUAUCACCUUGCCUACGAAGUGAAAAAACUCAUGCCCACAAGUCGGAAUAGCGGUGGCAAUCAGAAUAGUAAUGGAGUAAGUCUGCCAGCUGGUAUGGCAGACGACCAGUCAAAAGACUUCGAUUUCGAAAAGACUGAAAUGAAAUAUGACUCGACUGGAAUGUUCCAUUGGAGUCCUGCCCGAAAUCUAGAAGAUUGUAUAUUAGAUAGAAACCAAGCCGCCAUGACAGUACUAAAUGGUCACGUGGUGGUCUGUUUGUUUGCGGACCCGGAUUCGCCGCUCAUCGGUCUUAGGAACCUGGUGAUGCCGCUGCGUGCCUCGAACUUUCACUACCACGAACUUAAACACGUGGUCAUCGUGGGUAGCGUCGAUUAUAUACGACGGGAAUGGAAGAUGUUGCAGAAUCUGCCAAAAAUAUCUGUUUUGAACGGUUCACCGCUAAGCCGGGCCGACUUGCGUGCAGUGAACGUGAACCUGUGUGACAUGUGCUGCAUCCUGUCAGCGAAGGUGCCAUCCAACGAUGACCCAACGCUGGCUGACAAGGAAGCUAUUCUGGCUUCGUUGAACAUCAAGGCGAUGACCUUCGAUGACACGAUAGGCGUGCUCAGUGCCGGGGUGAACGGAACUAACGCCGUGCCAGCGCCGCCAGGGGCUUCACCCGCGCCAGUCCUGCUGCAGCGAAGGGGUUCCGUAUAUGGCGCUAAUGUGCCUAUGAUUACCGAGCUGGUUAACGAUAGCAACGUGCAAUUUCUGGAUCAAGACGACGAUGAUGACCCAGACACAGAACUCUACCUCACACAGCCUUUCGCCUGCGGAACAGCCUUCGCCGUCAGUGUGUUGGACUCGCUCAUGUCAACUACGUAUUUCAACCAGAACGCGCUGACAUUAAUCAGAUCGCUAAUAACUGGUGGGGCGACGCCCGAACUGGAACUGAUCCUCGCGGAAGGAGCCGGCCUUAGAGGCGGUUACUCCACAUCAGAGAGUUUAUCCAACAGGGACCGUUGUCGUGUUGGCCAAAUUUCGCUAUACAACGGACCGUUGGCCGAAUUCGGUGAGGCCGGCAAGUAUGGAGACCUAUUUGUCGCGGCAUUACAAAAGUAUGGGAUGCUGUGCAUCGGCCUCUAUCGGUUCAGAGACACCUCAUCGUCAUGUGACGCUUCCAGCAAGCGAUACGUCAUCACCAACCCGCCUGAUGAUUUCUGCUUGCUGCCUACUGAUCAGGUGUUCGUCCUAAUGCAAUUCGAUCCUGGCGUCGAGUACCACUCGUCGCACCUGGCUGCGACAGCCGGGGCCAAAGACGACGCCUCCUGACUAUUGCUGUGCAGCGCCCUCACUGACGGGCCCUACUCCUACAUCUAGACGCGGUACAACCCUGAACCUUCACUCCCUUUCGCCCCAACUUCUACGCUGAGGCCACGGGGAUGAACGUUUUACUCCAAACGAACGACUCGUUCUGCACAAAACUGGUCUGAGCGAGACGGCAAUACUUAGUGCUUAAGAAUGAGCGAGUAUUGCUUCUCACUUUUAAAUCAUCGACGCCACCAUGUUGUCACCUUUGCACCGUAACGUAACGAGCGAGAUGGAUAUAUUUCUGUCUCGCUCGCUCCGUUACUAAUAAAACGAGAUGGGAACGAGUCGUUUGGAGGGAGUCGCGUUACGUUGGGAUAUGUACUGUAACUAGACUGUACCGGCCGGUAGGACCGUCGCAAUACACUCCGACAAUCCUACCCGAUUUCCGAAAAUCCCUUUAUCCAUACAAAUGUUAUUUUGCUUAUAAUAGUUGGGCGUCACACUUUCAGCUUGGAACUUCAAUAGCACCGUUGACUGUGUGAAAUCAUCUAUUAUUAAGGAUACUAUAAUUGAUGUUAUUGCCUUUUAUUUUCGAUUCACCAUCCUGAUGCAGUGCACUUUACACCUUUCCCACGCUUCUUCGCACUGCAAUGGAACAGUGGAGCAGGUUUAGACAGGAUUCAAACGGAAGCUUUCGAUGUUGUAUAGGUUUUAGACCAGUUUGAAUUCUGUAUACAUCUGGUGGACACUAGAACGACGCAAAGUUAACCUUUUAAACUUUUAAUUGCAAUCGACGAUAAUAUAAGGUACAACAUAUUUAGUACGUCCAUUCCUUAUUCUAUAGAAUACGUGCUACUCAUGUAAGUUUGAAUAUUUUUAAGCAUUUAUACUCAUCGACUGAAGUCAUGCGUCAUGUUAAUUUAGUUAAAUUGAAAAUUUGAAUUUAGAAUAAUGCUUGUGUCUAUGCACUCUGGUAGUUUGCAUAUUGUUUAUGCUCAUGGUAACGGGUGUAGGUAAUUGUAUCCGCUCUGCUUAUCCUCAUGCACAUGUAUUUUUCGUUCAUCCAUAAUCACCUUUUUUAAAUAAAUAUGAUAAUUUUUA